AUGUCUUCUUCUACGGAUUUCGAAAAGUCUCCAUUGGAGAUCGAAUUCGAGGCCGAGAUCAGGUACUGUCUGUCGGAUAUGCGCACACGGACCGGGCCGGCCACCAAGAAGGUCCAGGGCAUCACUUUACAAACCACUCUGGGGGAACUGUUCGAACUGAGCGAUGUACAGGACGUUAUCGAAUUGGUGAUUGAGAACGAGCACUCCUCGAAAAACUUGGACAAUAGUCUGCCAUUGUACCAUAUUCUGGAGUGUGGAUCAAACCUGACCCACGAUCAGGUGCCCACUAUGAUCUCGAUCUCGGUUGUUCUGCCGGGUUCGGUGGCCAGGGUGAAGCAAUACGUUGUUACACUGAAAGACGAGCUUGGACGCGAGGUAGAGGUCGAAUUGACUUCCCAGGAUUGCAUUAUUGUCGAUAACACGCAGAUCGGCUACGACUCAUACGUUCUACUUUCCACCACCGGAAGACAGAAAAUCUCAGCGGUGGCCCCACUCAACACGGAGUUUGAGGUGAAGGAGAAUACGCAUAUGGACCGAAAUUGGGUGGCAACGGUCUCGGGCGUGGCCAGAUCGCUGUCGCUGUUGCCAUUGAGACUCCCUGAACUUGUUGCGCGCGGAACAGUGCAUUUUUUCGAGCAGGGCACCUUCUGGAGACUUCUAAACCUGACCUGGGUGAUUGUGAGGUUCUCGGUCAUACAACUGGUGAUAGGAGUGAUUCCUUCGGGCGAUGCCCGCAGACCCAAAUCAUUUAUUCGGGGCCCGCUCGCGGAUAUAAUUAACGUUUAUCUUUUUGGGGCCACAAUUUUCGGGAGCGAGCUGUGGAUCAGUCUAGAAGAUAUCAUUUUGAAUGAUUUUUCAGGCCGGGCCCAAAAAUACUCUUUGAUUCCUGUGCGAAGGAUGCUUGCUGUGGGAACAUCUGUGGAAAACUACGCGCACCUUAAGAUUUCGCUCUUAGUGCGCUCGCUUAUCGUGAAUAAUCGCAGAGGACGAUUGGAGUUGCCAGGAAAGGUGCACCCAGAACAGAAAUCUUGCUGCGCGUCAGCGGAAUUUUAUCGAUACGUUUGUGUGGCUGUGCAAGAUUUUAGUUUGUUACUAAUCACCCUCCAUCCGACCAUUUUCCAGAUCUACAAAACAGAACUGGACAAACACGAGCAAUUGGUGGCCAAGUUGCGCAACGACCUCGCAGAACAGCAAGACGCCAUUGCCGAGCCACAGGACUAA